CUGCGCCCAGCUGGUGUGAGAUACACUGGAGACGCGGCCGUAGCAGUGUGUCGUGUGUGACUCUCUCAAGUACCUGUGUUGUGUUGCCCGCGGACCUCGCCCCGCGCUCACUCUGGUCACCCACCAGUUAUUUUACGUGAGGUGUGGACUAAGCUAGUCGAGCUGGAUUCCCCAAAGGAAAAUUUCUUCUCAGUCUUCAAGCGUAGGAUGUGGAUUACGGGGAAGGUUGAUCAGUCCUCGCAUAAAGAACAGACAUUCACGGAUUUAUAUAAUGAGUGUCGAAACAUUGCACCUGGGGCUAGACUCUCCUACAUGCUGCGGACCAGGCUCGAGAGGUUCCAGAGAGAAGACAGAAAAGAGAUAGUGACCAGAACGCGAGAUGGGUGCGCGCCGCUCUUUGUUGCAUGCAAGCGAGGCAAUGUGGAGGUGGUGGACUACCUUAUCACAACGUGUAGUGCCGACGCCGAGCAGCGUGGACUGUACGAGGUGCCAGAUGACAGGUCAAUCCACAAUGUGACACCACUGUGGUGCGCCUCUGUUGCUGGCCGUUUACCUGUGGUGAAGUGUCUAGUGCAGCACGGCGCGGAUGUCAACAGCGUGUCAGACACUGGGUCAACCCCUGUACGUAGUGCUUGCUUCAUGACCCAUCUCGAUAUAGUGACUUACUUGGUGGAGAAUGGAGCAAAUAUUUCAAAACCCAAUUAUAAUGGUGGUACCUGUUUGAUAAAUUCUGUUCAGAGUGUGAAGUUGUGUGAAUAUCUACUCAAGCACGGUGCCGAUGUCAACGCACAAGAUAUUCAGAACAAAACUGCCUUACACUAUGCUAUUCAAGAACACCGUUUUGAGACGACAAAAUUAUUGCUUGACCAUGGAGCAAACCCACACCUGACCAGUAGAUACCACGAUGAUGCACUUCAGACUGCCUGCAUCAAGGGUGCCUGUCAGAUCUUUGAAUAUUUAAUAAAUGUUGUCUCGUAUGCCCCUGGCCGAAUAGCAGAUGGAUACGAGUUACUUGGUACAACAUUCUUGGACGAGCAUCAUGACAUCCAAGCUGCUCUCCAGUACUGGCGAAAAGCUACAUGCAUUCGUCAGGCAUCUGGAGUUUCAAAAGUUAUAUUGCCUGCAAGACACAAUUAUCAGUUUGCUCUGGAAUUUAAGACGUCAGAAGAGUUGGAAGUCGUUGCCAUUGAUUUAAAUGGUAUGCGAACUCAGAGUUUAUUAAUCUGUGAACGUAUUUUGGGAACUGCUCACAAGGAUAUGAUCUUUAGGUUGAUGUACAGAGGAGCAGCAUAUGCAGAUUCUCUCCAAUAUCAAAAUUGUAUUGACCUGUGGCUAUAUGCCCUGGAACUUAGAAUUCAAAGAGAUACAAUUCUUUUCAAUGAAACAUGUUUUACAGCUCAGGCAUUAGUUCGACUCUAUUUAGAUAUGAUAGACAAGCAUGGAGCAGGUGUGAUGCAAAACACCGUCAGUUUUGAUGAUGCCUAUCGUACCCUCGAGUUGCUUGCUGACCAACUUCCAAAAUGCAUGGCUCUUCUCCGAAUACAACCAGUCCAUAAAAAGCACCAAAGUAACUUUGAUCACAUGUUAAAAGUUUUAAUACACAUGCUUUUUGUUGUAUUGCAUAUUCCAAGCACAGAAGAGCAACACGAAAAGGUGGCAACCCUUGUAAAUAAUAUUUUGCGCUUAGAUCCCAGAACGUGCCAAGGUGGUCACUCUCUUCUUCAUCUUGCAGCUAUGAAGACUAAUGUGCUUAAUAAUCAUUCAUUGUUAGAAGAUGAACAUAUGACCCCAUUUCCCUCAGCAGGGGUUGUAUCCUUCCUAUUGGCAUGUGGUGCUCCAGUAAAUGCAACAAACGACAAAGGAUCAUCUCCACUGUUCAUGGCAUCGCAGGAUAUUCUCUUCAAGGAGGAGAUUGUGGAGGUGUUGCUGAAGGCUGGAGGACAUGUAGACCAAGUGACAGCAAUGGGUGAGAGACCUAGCAAGAACCUGAGGCGUAACCCUAAGUGUCAGAUCAGCAUUCUAAACUACACCUCUCUUAAGUGCUUGGCAGCUAGAAUUAUUCAAGAACAUAGGAUCCCUUAUGCAGGAGAAGUUCCAACUCACCUUGAAUCCUUCAUCAAGAUGCACUAGAAAUCUUUGAAAUCCACUUAAUAAUUUUUUUAGAUACCCAAACUCGAGUACCAUAAUGUUUGUGAUCCAUAUGCACUUAAAUCCCCUCUUGAUUUUUUUUUGUGGUGGUGGAGGUGGGUAGUGCCUCGGAUGUGAUUCACUAUUAAUCUGCAUGGAUAUCGUGCAUUUGGGAAGCCCAAGUAAUAUUAUUACAAGAUGUUUAUUGUUGUAAACAGAAAAAGUUUUAAUUACAACUUGUGCUCAGAAAAGUUAUAUUUUUUUAUUUUCCAAAGCAGUGGCAUUUAUUGACAAUACAAUAAGUGAUAUUUUUUCUACAGUAUGGUACAUAAAUGUUAUGUAAAUCAUCAGAAAGUGUUAUUUAAAAAAAUGUUGGAGGAUUUGAUCACAUACCCAUUUGUGAGGGUCAGACUGAAGUUAGUUGCAAGAAUUGCUGGUUGGAUGAGCAAUGUGGAUGAGAGGAAUCAUAUUUCCAGGCUUCAGUUCUAUUUGUACAUACAGCAUUGUAUAUAUGUGUAAUAAAUACAGUACCUUUUGUAUGCAAUGAUGCUGUUGGGGUUUAUUUUCUAUGGCUCUUAUACUUAAUGGAAAUACUGCAAUGCAUAUUAACAAUUAUUUUAUAUUUAAGAAAGUUAUUUCUUAAUAUAUAGUAUUUUUGAAGACCAGCAGUUUACCAAGUAAAGCAAUCUAUUUGUCUAAAAGAAGUAAAGUAUUUACCUUCCCCCCUCCCCCCCUUGUCUCCUUGACCAACACACAUUAUGACUUUGCAGUUUACCUUAAACUUUAGUAAACUUAGAGUUGAUGAGUAAUAACACUUGAAAAUUUAUUU